GACGACGCGCCGCUACCCGGGAGGACCCCCGCGGGGUCAGGGGUGACGGGCGUAGCAAGAUGGCGGCGCGGAGGCUGCUGGCGGCGGCGGCGGCCGGGAGAUGCCGGAGCCCGGCGCUCCUCGACCCACAGGCGGUUCGGAUCCAUGUAAGCUCCCAGAGGAACAUCAUGUAUGGAUGGUUGUCCUAUGUUCUAGGAGAAAGAACAAUGAGCAAGUUUAAGGAGAACAGUAAAAUCAUCACUGUCGAAGGAAACUUGUCCUCUGGAAAAGGUGACAUCGCCAAAAAAUUAGCUGACAAACUAGACAUGUUGUACAUCCCAGAGGUUACUAUCAAUUACUGGGACUUGAAGACUAAUGACGGCGAGCAGCUAAGCGCUGAAUUUCAUGGUAACUGCAGUGUGGAAAAGUUCUACACCGAUCCCAAAUCUCCGGAUGGCAAUUCCUAUCGGCUGCAAGCCUGGAUGUACCACGUUCGCACGCUGCAGUACUCGGAUGCACUGGAGCAUCUCCUCUCGACAGGUCAAGGUGUAGUGUUGGAACGUUCUCCGUACAGUGAUUAUGUUUUUCUGGAAGCGAUGUACAAACAAGGAUAUAUCCGGAAGGAAUGUGUUGACCAUUACAAUGAAAUAAAAGGGAACAGCAUUUGUGAGUUCCUGCCUCCUCACCUGGUUAUCUACCUGGAUGUACCUGUUGUGGAAGUAAAGAAUCGACUGAGGCAGCAUGGGGAGACCUAUGAACAGAAUGUUUCCACAGCUUAUCUGCAAAGCAUUGAGGAUGCGUACAAAAAGUCAUUCCUUCCAGAGAUCCGUGAGACGUCUAAUGUUUUGCAGUAUGAGGCAAUCCAGGUUCCCCAUGAAGAACAGAUUGUGGAAGAUAUCGGGCUAUUGAGAUGGAAGAAGGGUCCGUGGCUGGAGCAAAGUAACGUUUCCUUCCAUUUACUCAGACAGCGGGUUCAGGACAAAAUGAGAAUCGCUGACCUGACCGCCAUCCCCAGGUUCCUUCCAGAGAUCACAGUGGGCGCCCAUGAGUUUGAUGAACUGUAUCAUGCCUACAAACAGCUCCCGGGUCGAAUGUAUGAAAAAGGUUUCAAUGCUGACGUUGGGGAUAAGUGGAUCUGGUUAAAGUAACUGUACAGCUUUCAAAAGAACAAUUAAAGUUGAUUUAAGAGGAACAGAAAGUGGUAUCGAGAGGGAACUCUCUGCUCAAAUGCGAAAUGGUCAAUGUCCCGCUGAGUUGAGCAUGCAAACCUGUCUGCAGUUGGUCUGUGCAGAAUUUUGAGCACCUUAUUAAUUGACAGAUAUCUAAUAAAACAUAACAUUGAACUCA